AUGCACAGCACCUGGCUGCUUACCAGUCUAAGCCUGCUGCUUACUCCGCUAGUGGCGGCGACUCCAUCAUCACAACCAGCACACGCAGUUUCCCAGGUCUACGACACAACAGACAGAAUUCCACUGCCAAAUAUAGGCCACAUAGCCGCUCACGACCCCAACAUCCUCCUUUGGGAAGAUUGGUACUACCUCUUCCAAGGCGGAGUAGGCAUUCUAGUUCACCGCGCGCAAAAUCUCUCCGGACCCUGGGACGAUGUAGGCACAGUCCUCUCCGGCCCGUCGGUAAUCCACACACAAAACCGGACCCGACCUUGGGCUCCGACAACAAUUCACGCAAAUGGUACAUUCUACUGCUACUACACACUAAGCGAGCACGGGUCCCGGAGCAGCGCAAUCGGAGUCGCGACAACAACAUCUUUGGGCAAAAGCCAAGACUGGACAGAUCACGGCGCGAUUAUCCAUACAGGCAAUGGUAAUGGCUCAGAUAUCUAUCCGUUCAACGUCUCAAACGCCAUCGAUGCAUCAUUCAUCACAGAUAACAGCACCGGGCAGAGCUAUCUGAACUACGGUAGCUUCUGGACGGAUAUUUGGCAGGUGCCUCUUUCGGAUGAUUUACUUUCCCUUAAGGAUCCAACGAAUCCAGAUGCUGUGCAUUUGACGUACUUGCCCGAGCAGAAACAGAGGCCCGAGGAGGGGUCUUGGAUGAGUUUUCGUGAUGGGUAUUAUUAUGCUUGGUUCAGUCAUGGAAAGUGCUGUCGGUUUCAUAAGGGGUUUCCCGGCCGUGGAAAGGAGUAUGAGAUUAGGGUUGGAAGGUCGACUAACGUUCGUGGACCUUUUGAGGAUAAGGAUGGGAUCAAGUUGCUUGAUGGGGGUGGAACGGUGAUUUAUGCUUCGAAUCACGGUGUUGUUUAUGCUCCUGGUGGAUUGGGGGUCCUGCCUGGGAACGAUUCUACGGCUACGCCGGAUAUUCUUUAUUAUCAUUAUUUGAACACGACUAUUGGGUUUACUGAUGAGGAUGCUCAUUUGGGCUGGAAUUACCUCAAGUAUGAGGAUGGGUGGCCUGUCGUGAUUGAAGGGAAUGAUAUUGGCAACGCUACUACCUCGAAUGCGGGAUCGGUUAUUUCUGCUCCAGGCGGGUUUGCGUUGACGAUGGCUAUGAGUUUGUGGCUGUACAUUUGA